GACACUUGCCAAUCUGCGUGCUCGUUCGGUUGAGGGUAAUCGACGUUCUACUCUACAGCAAGCGUUUGAGUGGACACAAGUCAUAGGACCCCCCACCAAUCUCUCACGUGACUUGUCACUUGUAGCAGCCACUUCUACUAGCAGUAUGCACUUCUUCAACACUUUCUGCUUCUUCUUGUGUUACCUCUCUCUUUCUACUGCUGUGAAAUCCACUGCAAGCGAAUCUCCGCGUGAGAUGCACAUUCGUCAGAACUACCGAAAAGAAUGCGAAAUUGCAGUGAACCAGCAGAUUACAUUGGAACUCCAAGCCUUCCAUCUGUAUAGAAGAAUGGCCUACUAUUUUGACCGUAGCGAUGUUGCUCUUCGUGGUUUCUACAAGUUCUUCAAAAAAGCAUCAAGCGAAGAGCUCGAGCAUGCCGACAAACUGAUGGAAUAUCAAAACAAAAGAGGCGGCGACCAUCCCGACGUGAGCACCUGCAUCAAUAUUGGUGAGAAACCAUCUCAGCAAUGGAACACGGUCACCGAGGCCAUGGAAUUAGCUCUGCAGAAAGAGAAGAAGAUCACUAAGGCUCUCUUAGAUCUUCGUCAAACAGCUGAAACUCAUAGCGAUCCUCAUCUAGUCGAUUUCAUCGAAACCGACUACCUCACCGAGCAGGUGGAAAGCAUAAAGAAGCUCGGGGACUACGUGACGACGCUGAAACGUGUCGGAAGUGGACUCGGUGAGUACAUGGUCGACAGACAAAUUGAAGAUGAUGCUGAGUGACCAGCUCGAUGUUUUGAGACACAUGAAACUCGUUCUUCUUGUUUUUCUGGCUAACUUCAAUUGUCUAGUUAGUUGGCAUCUAUAAGCCAAAAAUAUUGGUGCAUGUGUGCUCCAUGCACGGUUAAUGUUUUCUGCAGCAAGUUUGUCCACUUUCUGGCCUAAUGUACGUUUGUUAGCAACCGA